AUGACGAUGACAGAUCUGUUGAAAGCUGAGGAGAUCAAGAAAGCUCUUCAAGCCUUCGAAGGAGAAACGUUUGAUCCAAAAAAGUUCUUUGAAUUGGUCGGGAUGAGGGCCAUGACGGCCGAAAACGUGAAGAAGGUCUUCCGGGUCCUGGACGUGGACGGCAGCGGGUUCAUCGAAGAGGAAGAGCUCAAGUAUGUACUGAAGGGCUUUUCCAAGGAGGGCAGAGAUCUGACUGACGCAGAGACAAGAGAAUUCCUCAAAGCAGCAGACAAGGAUGGGGACGGCAAGAUCGGCAUCGACGAGUUUGAGACCUUGGUGCAUGAGUAG